GUAAAACAGGGGGGUACUACAUGACCCACUCCUACCCCCCCGGCGCCCCCGCCCACACCGCUGGCGUGGCCCCCAUCCCCCGCGGUCCGAGGCCCCCCUACUCCCCAGCAGCUGGGGGUGUGGCUCCCCCUAAGCCCCAGCGGUACGCGGGCGGACCGGGUGGCCCGGGCGGGUCUGCGGGCGGGCCCCCUGGCAUGAUAGGCAUGAAGGGCGGAGUCAGGCCGUCAGCGCCCCCCGCCGGGCCGCCCACGGGACCUCCAGGUGGGCCACGCCCGCAACACUUGGCCCGCUCCUACUCCUCAUACUCUUCCUCGCCAGAACGCAUCGACCUCCUCUACUCCCCACAGGAGCGAAUGCACGGUGACGGAUAUUUGUCUUCCCCGGAGCGGUCGCCACGCCCAUACGGAGCCCCAGGGAGCGCCUACCUCACGCCCACGCCUAGUUACGAGGACCCUUACUACGGCGGCCAGUACGGGUCUCGCUCAGGCUCAGUCACGCCCAUCAUUGACGAGGAUGCACGGUCGGCGUUUUACAGCUUGCGCGUCGAACAGAUGGAGCGGCAGCUGGCUUCGCUCACGGGGCUGGUGAAGAAGGCGCUGCACACGGGCGUCGCGAGUUCCCCCCUCCCCGAGCACAUCUCCCUGGCCCCGCCUCCCGCCGUCGUCGCCGCAGCCGCAGCCGCUGCGGGAAAUACCAACAGCAGGGAACCGACGACGAACAGCAACAGGAACUCCACCUCCAACGACUUCCUUCAGGUUCCUACAAGUUCUUCUUAUAAGACUCCUGACGAUACUUACCUUCGGCCAGACACUAAGCCGCCAAAAUUAGGAAGAGGGGGUAGAGAAAAGUCAGUCUCGUUCGAAAAAUCAGUUUCGUUCAGUGACGAUCUGCCAGAUCUGAACACACCGCCAAAGCAACAUGUUCCUGCAGCCGAGAAACAGCCUAUCAAGCCUGCCAUCAAGUGCUCCACACUCCCCAGGAUGUCUUCCCAAGACCCGUUGACACCAAAUAUUGCAGACCCCUUGAGACCAAGCAAGCCGGCACCUCUGGCCAAGCCACAACCGCCACCCAAACCACCCAAUUUGAUGCUUACGCGCCCAUCUCUGUCGCUACAGAACUCGACAGGUAUUGAGUUAUACUCGAGCAUCCAGCCUACGCCCCCCCCCCCCCUCCACCCAACUGAGCAUUUGUCUUUCACCAGCACGCCCAAGGAAAGAUUGUUUAGAGAUUAAUUUGAUAGCGAGAUGAACACACAUGUUGAUACACCAGCACCAUAUUCCAGAUGCAUUAGUUUAAAUAUCUCUUUGUACACAAGAAUAUAAUAGUCAGGCAGAAUAUAAACUCACCUCAUAUAUAUAUAUUUACUCGCCUGCAGAUCGCUGAACGCACCUCAUAGUUUAGUCGUCGACACUGCCACAGUUUACUCACAUUUCUUUAUCAACAGCGUAGAUGAUGUAUGGAUACACCCAGAGACAAGUUUCUAUUAGUGUUCACAGCGCCACCUCACAGUUGUUUGAAGAUUUUAGAUAUAUGUCUUACUUUUUUUUUUUUUU